CCGUGUUGUUCCCUGAGGUUGAAUCAGCAAGAUUAAAUGUACCCAAGGUUCUUCUACCAUAUUCCAGCACCGUUGUAGCAAACUACAGUCUGGAAGUUACCGAAACAAUUGGCCCGGGUACAUGCUAUGUCUGGAAAACAUCUCGGCCAGAAGUUGUAACCGUGUCAGUAGUGAACAGUACAGAUGGGGAAUGCUCUCCUCAUGCCUCUGUGUCUGCCAUCUCCAAGUCCUCCCAUCGGAUGACAGCUAUAGUCUCAGCAGAAAAUAAAGUGACGGGGGAAGUGCUGAGGUGUUAUGUGAUUGUGGGUGCCGUUGCUGAACUGCAGAUAGAGACCACCACCAGAGAACUGUUCCUGGAAGAUACACCUGAGGAUUUCUUUGUCCUAGGCUUUGAUGAUAAAGGAAAUGUGUUUGACAGCCUGAAUGGUAUUGUGUUUGAGUGGGCGUUGUUAUCUGACACAGAUGCUGACGAGGGAGGGAUUGUGGAUGCUCAUAAUGUCCUUAGGAUUGUCCCCUUUGGAGAGUCUCACUACCAGACUCCGGCCCAUAUAGAGGGGUUAGAGGCGAGAGGCCUGCAGGGGGACAGGAUUCUUGUGGACGGAAUACGGACGGGCACAGCCUGGGUUAGUGCCUCAUUCAAGGACCCCGCCUACAAGCACGUGAAGACGUCAUCCGUGAGGCUGGUAGUCCGGGCUAACCUUCUCAUCAGCCCCCCAGAUGCCUAUGUUCUCCGCUUCUCUGAUGUCAAAUACAAGGUGGACAUGGUGAAGAAAAACACUAUUGUUGGGAUUACGAUGCCGUCAUCACAGUACUAUCUGGAUGUCCAGGAUGGGAAGAUCUGUAGUCUGAAUGUGGAGACCUCAACGGCCACUGGACUGGAGAUUGGAUCAACAGAGAUUGUCCUUGUGGACAGAAAUAUCAAAGUUCAGGAGACUUUCUCCCAGCCCUCGGCCCUUAUACAUGUGGUCAACCCCAGCUACAUGGCAUUUGUUGUCUUACCGACGAGGAAGUGGGUGCUGGAGACAGGCAGGGAGUAUGACAUUCUGAUGGAAGUCUAUGAUAAGGACAGCCACAAACUCCAUCCCUCAGAGAAUGUGAUCAUCAAGUCAAGUUUUCAGGACAUGUAUUUAGACGUCAUGUUUUCCACAAACAAUGGUACCUUCCAUCAUGUCAAAGCUCUGAAAAGGGGAUUAACUCGUGUGGAUGGGGCACUUACUACUAUCAUGAAGCAGGACGGAACAGAGCAUCCAGUGACGCCAGUACUGAGACACUCCCAGGAGGUGGAGAUCUAUGACCCCAUCACUGUUUUACCUCCAGUCUUGUACUUCUCCUGGAGCCCAGUACAUAUCAGCUACCAGUACCAGCUCAAGGCAUCAGGAGGGAGUGGAGAGUAUGUCUGGAGCUCCUCCCACUCCAGCAUCUCCAUGGUCACUGUGCGAGGGGAGAUAAGCACUGGCUCAGUAGGAAGUACCAUAAUCAUGGCUGCAGAUAUGAAGAAUCAUGCCCAUACUGGCUCUAUGAAGGUACAUGUGUUACCUCCCCAGUCCAUGACCUUUCUACCGUCAGCCGUGGAGGCAGAGAUCAAGACUGUCCUCAAGUUACCGCUGGCAGUCUACUCUUUACAUGAUGGUGAACACAUUGCCAUGACCGACUGUCACUUACUGGGAUUUAACAUCACCUUCUCAGACAGUGCCGUGUUCUCAGACAGUAAAGUGGGUCCACCCACCAUGGAGGGUAGCUGUGCCUCUCUGUGGGUGACAGGCCAGCAGCAGGGCAGCACAGAAGUGACUGUGGAACAUGGCAGCACUACCAACAAGCUGCACGCAACUGUCACCAUAGCAGCUUAUAAACCUCUACAGCCUGUGGAUCCGGAGGAGGUUGCAGUGGUGGCCGUAGGCUCCUCUAAGGAGGUUCUGUUUGAAGGUGGCCCUUUGCCCUGGGUUCUUGAUCCAUCCCAGUACUUCCAGGACUUAUCAGCAGAGAAAGAAGAUUUGGUGGCCUUGGAGCAAGUAAAUACCUAUGGAAUACAGAGAAGCUUCCACAUCUUUCAUGUCCUCUGCCGUGACCUUGGGGAACAGAAACUGACCUUGAAUGUAGGGAAUCUAAAGACACUGAAAAAUGAAUACCCAGCUACAGCCAAGUCUUCCAUACAGUUUGCUUGUGUGUCGCCUGUGUCUCUACAGCUGUCGCCUCAGCUCCGACCUUACAGCAUUGCUCUGCCUCCGUGCCCCAUAUCCCAGGACCCCAGUCAACCAAUUCCCGUUCACUAUCACAAAGGGGCUGACCUCCUCGUCUCUGUGUACGAUAGCAAGGGGCGCAAGUUUGACAACUUCUCCUCUCUGGCUGUUGAUUGGAAGAUAUCGGACAUAUCUUUACUAGCCCUGGACACUCCCCCUGAUGUCUUUGUGGAAACUACUACCCUGGAAAGUGGAGCCAAAAAAGUCAAAGCUUUCCAGAAACUGAAUGUGUUUGGCAAGCCUGGCCGUGUUGUUCUGUCGGCCUCAGUCAGCAGAUAUGACACCAGCUACUUCACGUCACAGGCGAUUCGCUUUGAUAGCACAAUAAAGGCUAAGAUCAGCAAAUCUGUGGAGCUGAUUCUGGUAGAGGAACCGUUCAUCUCUCCCAACACUAUUUCUGUGUUUAACCAUCCUUCUAACAAGGUGAGUCUGGAGGUGAAGAAGGGGUCAGGAUACUUCCACGUGGAUGAGGGACAAUUUGAGGCAGCUCAGAUCCAGUACCUGCAGCGGAAGAGGAAAGUGGAGGUGAUCCCAGCCAUGGAUGGAGUGAUGGUGGUGACCGCGUAUGACCUCUGUCUGGAUCUGACUGACCACCCCAAGGCCACGGUGUACGUGUCCGGAGUGGGCAGCAUAGAGCUCACUGUCCGAGAUAAGAUCGAGAUCUCAAGCGAGGUGAAGGCCCAUGUCCAAGUUCUGGAUUCAAAGGGAGCACCACUGUCCGCAUCGUUCUUUCCUCUGAUGAAUCUUCGUGCUGUGCCAGGCUCAGACUUCAUUACCGUCAGAGGUGACUCAGAGAAGGGCAAAGAUACAUUCUGUGUGUCUGACAUUGUGUAUGGGGCUAAGGUGGGGGUACACCAGCCUGAGUUACCAGGUACAGCUCAAGUCUGGUCAGAUCGUCUCCAGGUGGGGUACACCAGCCUGAGUUACCAGGUACAGCUCAAGUCUGGUCAGAUCGUCUCCAGUGAGGACAGACAGAUUGAGGUGGGGUACACCAGCCUGAGUUACCAGGUACAGCUCAAGUCUGGUCAGAUCGUCUCCAGUGAGGACAGACAGAUUGAGGUGGGGUACACCAGCCUGAGUUACCAGGUACAGCUCAAGUCUGGUCAGAUCAUCUCCAGUGAGGACAGACAGAUUGAGUGGGGUAACACCAGCCUGAGUUACCAGGUACAGCUCAAGUCUGGUCUGCUCAUCUCCAGUGAGGACAGACAGAUUGAGGUGGGGUACACCAGCCUGAGUUACCAGGUACAGCUCAAGUCUGGUCAGAUCGUCUCCAGUGAGGACAGACAGAUUGAGGUGGGGUACACCAGCCUGAGUUACCAGGUACAGCUCAAGUCUGGUCAGAUCGUCUCCAGUGAGGACAGACAGAUUGAGGUAAGGACUCAUUCUCUGUGUCCUGACAUUGUGUACGGGGCUAAGCUGAGGUACACCAGCCUGAGUUACCAGGUACAGCUCAAGUCUGGUCAGAUUGUCUCCAGUGAGGACAGACAGAUUGAGGUAUUCCCCCUCUACGACUUAGCCCUAGGAACAUCACCCCUGAUCAUUGGAGCAGAGUUUCAGGGUGUCAAUGGGACAUCAGGACUCACUCUGGUAUCUCCACCAUUAAAACUCACCACUGUCCUACAAGUCAUAAAUGUUUAUGCCUCUGGAGGCCCCAGCCCCUCCUCCUCUAUUGAGUUCUACAUGACCGACGAAGACACAGCCCAAGUGUCUGCUGGUGGUCUGCUGACAGCCCUGGAGCUGGGGGUGACCCAGGUCAUUGGCAAGGCUGUUGGUCAUGACCCAGCCACGGGAGAGCUUAUAGUCUACUCACAGGAUCAGGUGGAUGUCCAUGUGGUGAUGCUGUCUGGGAUCAAGAUACAUGCACCACUCACCAGGAUUCAGAAAAACUCAGAGAUGCCGCUGUACGCUGUGGGUGUGACUGAACAUGAGACACCAUUCACAUUCGGCAGUGUCUCCCCACCCCUGAUCUUCACCUGGACUGUCACUAACAAAGAUGUCGCACUGUUGCGGUCUACUUUCCACCAGAGUGGAAUAUCUUUGAGAGAUGAAAACAACUUUGCCACUCAACUUGUGGCUGCAGCUUCAGGUCAUGUGACUGUCAAACUGAAAGUGAAAGCUGGAGUGCCUGGUCAAGUCCUGGGUCAUCAGGAACUGAGAGAUGAAGUUCAGAUAAAGGUGUUUGACCGACUGACCAUUGUGAACCCUGACCUCUGUGAUGGACAGCUACUGAUCACACCAGACACAGAGAUGAGGCUUAAGACAAACAGAGAUGGAGCUGCCCGCCUGACAUACAAGAUUAGCCAUCAAGACCCGCCAAACCUCAACCUUAAGGUGGACUCUUCUGGUCACCUGAUGUCCAGCACAGUGACUGGGCAGGCCACUGUCCUGGUGACUGCACUGGAGGAGUUUGGUCUGAAUCAGACAUCUACACUACUCAUCAAGGUUCAGAGAGUGGCGUAUGUGAUGCUGAACGCGGACACAGUCUUCAGGACCAGUAAUGGAAGGUUAGGGAACAUCCCUGUGGGGGCCACUAUGUCCUUCACCGUAACGUACCAUGACCACGUGGGCGCUGUCUUUCAGGCUACAAACAAUCGUAUCAACUUUCGCUCCAACAGGUUUGACCAUCUGCAGGUGACCAGUGGCAUGGGGAACAACACCUUGUCUGCACGAGCCACGGAUGUCGGGGACACCAUUGUCAAGGUGUGGAGCCAACAAGACCCCAGGAUGGUGGAUUACAUCAAUGUACCUGUGAACUACGCCAUCUCUCCCCCAGAGGCCUCUCUCACCUUAGGAGACGUCACCUGCUUCACCAGUCCCCUCCUCUCAGAAUGGGGCCACGAAGGCAGCUGGUCUGUGACAGGCAAAUCUCUGACAGUGGACGGUAAGACUGGUAUAGCUGUGGCCACCAGAAUAGGCACGUCAACAGUGAAGUACAGCGUGUCAGAUGGAGUGGCCACUCAUACAGAGGCAGGCGUGUCCUCCAUCAACAGGGUGAUCGUGAACAGUCCAUACUCAUUCCUCACUAAUUACUAUGGUAGUGUGAAGAAGUACCUGGUGAUGGUGGGGCUGGGCAAGGAAAUCAACCUUAAAGGAGAUGGGUGUAUGGAGAAGGUGUCCGAGCUAGGCCUGCCUCCUGUGGCUGCUCCUUACCAUUGUCUCCUGGAGAUAUCCACACUGUUACCUGAUCUCACUAUCGCAGACCUGUUCCAUGCCAAAGCCAUGUUUGACACCAAAUCAGGUCAGUAUGUGUGUGAAGUGGAGAGAGUUCUAAAUGACUACCUCGCACAGCAGAUCAGCAGAGUUGACACAGACAUUAUCCUCAAGGUGCGCGUUUCUGGCCAGAGUCAGCAGCCAGAAGUUACCUCCCCUGAGCUGAGAUUUGCGUUCUUCCCUGCAUUUUAUGUUCACAACACUGAGGUUCACGUCAGCAAUCUUUCGCCGACGUCUACCAUCAGGGUGUCUGUGGCUGACAAGCUCAUGGAUCAGAUGAGGAUUCUGUCAAGUGAUCGAGACAUUCUAGAGCUGCUCCCGGCAGAGAGAGAUUCCAAAGCUGGCUCGCUGCUGCAGUUUCCAAUCCGGUUGCUGGAUGCAGUUUGGGAGAGGGAGAAGACAGAUGUAAUGGUGGAGCUGAUUUGUCAGAGUACAGGUCAGAUGGAGAAGGUAGUGGUCAGAAUCAAACUGUUGGGGCAGCAGCCCGAGUAUGUUCGAACUAAAGAGGUUGGAUGGGGAACAGUAUUUCAUGUUAUAGCGGGGAACUACCAGUCCUCUCUGGUGUUACUGUUAGCUGUCGUAGCAACUGUUGCCGUGGUGAUCCUUGCAUACUUUGCCAUAUUUGGACCGCGCUACAGCGUGAGCUCCGCCCCAGGCACCUUCUCUCAGCCCAGCUCCCCGAGAGCCCCGGGAUCACCCUACUUAGGCUAUGGAGACUCUCCAGGACACAUCUCGCCUUACAAAGCUGACAGUAUGAAUUACUCGCCACCCGGCGGCCCUUUUUCCCCUGGAACCCCCUACAGAUUGUGGAGCACUGGCUACAGGCCUCAGGAAGCCUCACCAGCCAGGCAUCGGAAGAGUCCAGGCUCUCCCAUUGGGGGGCUAUAGCAAGCACAGGACUAUUCACUGCAAAAAAAUGAUGUCGAAAAUGAUUUUUUUGAGGAGGAGGAAACAAAGAAGAAAUAGAAAAAGAUGUCACAAGUUACCCAAAAUUAUUUGUCAGUGAUUACUGAAUGUGCUCAUCAAAACUUUGUUUUUUCACUCUACAUGUGAGGUGAUGUAAACAUGCAAGAGGGCUUACUUAAUCUGUGAAAGUACUGUUCAGACUGCUACCUGAUCAGAUAAGGGUAACCUUCAGCUUACCAGACAUACCAGUGACAUCAGAAUAAGGCUGUUGGAUUUAAGCCAGGAGGGCAAGUGGUUCGAUGGUAUUGGGGGGCCGGGGAUAGAGGGAGGGAGUUACACUCGACACUCUGGCUUCCUCCACCCCAUAACCAAUGUUAAACACCAAUCAAAGAAAUAAUACAAAUAAAGUUGCCAGGAAAGUAAGGGACAUACAUCUGAUCAGUAUCUUUACACGGGAGAUUUUGAUAGAGAGCUACAACAGCAGCAAACUGUACAGUAUUGUGAAAUCAUGCGAGAGCAAUAGAUCGAUCUCAGCAAACUGUACAGUGUUGUGAAAUCAUGCGAGAGCAGUAGAUACAUCUCAGCAAACUGUACAGUGUUGUGAAAUCAUGCGAGAGCAGUAGAUGCAUCUCGGCAAACUGUACAGUAUUGUGAAAUCAUGCGAGAGCAGUAGAUACAUCUCAGCAAACUGUACAGUGUUGUGAAAUCAUGCGAGAGCAGUAGACCCAUCUCGGCAAACUGUACAGUAUUGUGAAAUCAUGCGAGAGCAGUAGAUACAUCUCGGCAAACUGUACAGUGUUGUGAAAUCAUGCGAGAGCAGUAGAUACAUCUCGGCAAACUGUACAGUAUUGUGAAAUCAUGCGAGAGCAGUAGAUACAUCUCGGCAAACUGUACAGUGUUGUGAAAUCAUGCGAGAGCAGUAGAUGCAUCUCGGCAAACUGUACAGUGUUGUGAAAUCAUGCGAGAGCAGUAGAUCCAUCUGGGCAAACUGUACAGUGUUGUGAAAUCAUGCGAGAGCAGUAGAUACAUCUCGGCAAACUGUACAGUAUUGUGAAAUCAUGCGAGAGCAGUAGAUACAUCUCGGCAAACUGUACAGUAUUGUGAAAUCAUGCGAGAGCAGUAGACCCAUCUCGGCAAACUGUACAGUGUUGUGAAAUCAUGCGAGAGCAGUAGAUACAUCUCGGCAAACUGUACAGUAUUGUGAAAUCAUGCGAGAGCAGUAGAUGCAUCUCGGCAAACUGGAAGGCAGAAGAAAGAAUACAUGGGCAGAUAAGUGCUGUGGUGUGUGGGGAGUGUGUUUACGUUCACCAUACAAACUUCUCACAGGUGUUACAUAGUCCUUCUGAUAGUAAAGUGUCCUAACCAUCCAUCAAAGCUGCCAGGGGAAACUGUGGAAGCUGUGCUUGGAUGUCAGUGACCUCCCAGCAGUAUCUACAUCUUUACUGUUGUACAUAGAUGUAUAGAUGUAUAUAUGUAUGUAUAAAAUGUGUAAGUUGUGCAAGUCUUGUGUCUGUCUGUCUGUAGCCUAACGACUUCAGCUGGAUACAUUUAAGAGCAGGGAAUCUCACUGAUCCUGUUGUAUGUCACAUGGAAUCUCACUGAUCCUGUUGUAUGUCACAUGGAUUGUCUGAUUUACAUGUUGAUCUGUGAAGGCAGCGAGGUAACAUCAGACAUCAUGCUUGUGUCAUUGUGUAGAGCGCUGCUGACACAGUUUGUAAUGGAGAUUACUGUGAACUUGUCGUAAAGUCAUGAUAAGAUAAUGAUGUACAAAUAUUAUGAAUGUCCCAUGCCACACGUAUAAAUCAUUGUCAUUGAGUAUGGCAUUAGGUGCCAAUCAGAUCAUCAGGUACUGUUAAGCAGUUUGUUCUGCCCAGUUAGUCUAAUAGUGCAUAUGCACUUGUGAGUAAAGAAGCCAGUAAACUUCUCAGGAGAAAUUCUAGACAAAGGUUUUUUUUGUUUUUUUUCAGUUUUUAAAUUUUUUCAUGCAAAAACUGACGUCAAUACAUCAAAAGAGGACUUCUGUUGAACUUUACAAUGGAAGAUGCAUAUAGAUGUAGGUACAUUGUAUGGUGAACCUUGAGGGGUGUUACCUUUAUUUCUCAAAUAACUGCCAACUCAUUAGAUGUGCAUUACUGGGAAAAAGUUAAAAUCAAAUAGAUUUAUCAUUAUAUUUGUUAUACGGUGCUUUUUCCAUCUUGGCUCUUCAUGUCACACAAUUGUUUGUCCUGAUUUUUACAGCUGUUUAAUGCUGACUGAUAGAUGAUGUUUUGUACUUUGUUAUGUCUGCAUUAUACAUGUAUUAACUUCUGUGCAUUUAGAUAUGUUGGAUAUUAUAUCUUUAGAUGAGUCAUGGUUUAUUUUGACAAUUGCAAACUUGUUGACAGUUCAUCACAAGCUAUAUUCCCAUUAUUUCAAUUCCCAAAGCUGUCAAACCAACAAUCUGAAAUCAUGUUUUUAUUCAAACAGUAUUGUGACAACUGUUUCGUGUCAACUUUCAUGGGAUGUUUUCAGUCACUUUCCUCAUACAUACAGAUAUUAUUUGAUCAUCUUAUGAAAAAGUCUGGCUCUUCCAAGUAUGUUCAGAUAGGCCAUAUUCUUAUCUCUUAAUGCAUAUAGUAUAAACAUAGACUUACCUGUCACUCCAUGAACAACAGCCAUAGACAACCAAAGUGGGGUGAGGAGUUUGGUCCUGCUCAGAUCAGGCCUAGACUGCAGUAUGGAGGCUAGAGGAAAGGCUAUCAGUUUGUAUCCUCAGAACUUGGAUAGUGGUACACGUCAGUUGUCUUAUCUUCUGCACAAUCAAAUUUGCCUUUUCAGUAAGCUUUCAGAAGCAGGUCGAAGUCAUUGGACACAGGCCCUGAGUAGGGAGCUCCCUUACCUUUAUGGCAAAAAGUGGAUGACAGCAUUGAAACAAAUCACUGUUAUAAUUAAAAUGAAAUGUCACAUGGUGUGUCAAAAGUAUUUGGUGGUGUCAGCACCAUGGUUUUGCAUUGCAGGCAUCUGACUGUUAACCAAACUUCCAAGAGUUUCCAGUCACUUGAUUUCUGCAUUGAGCACUUGGUUUCUACAUUGAGCACUUGGUUUGUACAUUGAGCACUUGGUUUCUGCAUUGUUUCUGCAUUGAGCACUUGGUUUCUGUAUUGAGCACUUGGUUUCUGCAUUGAGCACUUGGUUUCUGCAUUGAUCACUUGGUUUUUGUAUUGUUUCUGCAUUGAGCACUUGGUUUCUGCCUUGAGCACUUGGUUUCUGCAUUGUUUCUGCAUUGAUCACUUGGUUUCUGCACUGAGCACCUGCUUUCUGCAUUGUUUCUGCAUUGAGCACUUGGUUUCUGCAUUGAGUACUUGGUUUCUGCAUUGAGCACUUGGUUUAUUAACCAGCUGAGGAUUUCUGAUAGUGCAGUGGAUGUACACAAAAACUUUCAUGUGUAAAGUGUGAAGUACUGGAAUAGAUACAUGUACAUAAUAAGAGGAUUUGUCUUAGAGCCAGUGUGCAUUUGUUUUGGAGACUGUGUGCAUUUGUCACCGUAGACAGGGCUUAUGUUUAUUACAUGUGUAAAGAGCACCUGUUUGUAAUUUGAGUUGGGUUGUAUCUUUGCCCUGUUUGUAUGUUUCCCUGUUUGUCACGUGACCCCGGCAUGCCUGUUUGUAAUGUGUCCCUGUUUGUCAUCUUUCACCUUUCCAGGUCACUAACUAUGCAAACCAUAAGAUGGUGGUGUGAAAACAUUGUUCUGCAUUCUGAUGUAUAUGUUGUUUAUGUACAGGGUGCUUAAGGACUUCAGACUAGUUUUAAACUUGUCGAAAGUGGAAUUUUUCCUGUACGGAACCAUUUUCUCCAAAGUCAAUCUGCAGGAUUGUGUGGAAAUUCAUGAAUGGCAAGAAUGUGUUCAUCAACAUUUGUUUUUAAAAAACCUGUGCUGUGAGACAUACUGUUGAAGUACACUGUAGGUGCUUUCUCAGCCACCUGUGUUCUGCCAUAUUUGUCCACUGUUUGUUUCUAAGUGUAGUCUGUUUGUUGGCCCUCUGAUGAAAAUAUGUGCGUGUCACUAUUGCCAAAUUGUAAGAACAAUAAAAAAAAAUGGUUUUGUAUUCACAA